AUGUGUGACAGUGAAUUGCAAGACGAAGAAAGAGAAGCAUUAUUGUCGAUUUAUGAAGGAGAUAAUGCUUUCAAACAGUUAAAUUCUACAACAUAUCAAUAUAAGUAUGGAGAAGAUAACGAUUUUCGUUCGUUUUUAUUGGAGAUCAUAUGGCAUGACAAAUACCCUACAAAAAAACCGACAGUUAGCAUGGACACUUUCUACAACAAACACAUACUUCAAAAAGUAAAAGAUAAAAUAAUAGCUCAUGUAGAAGCAGAAGCAGAACAGUGGCUUGGAUAUGGUAUGACUUACACUUUAUUUCAAUCAGUUCAAGAACAUUUAUCGGAACUAUUAGAAGAACAACCCGAUUCAAUUACUGACAUAAGUAUCCAAACGAAUAAAUUGACUAUUAGUACUGGUGAUUCGAAGGAUGAAGCAGCGAAAAAACCAAAAAAAGAGCAGCUUACAAAAUCACAGAAAAGACGUCGUUGGAACAAGGUCGAUAGUAAAGGUGAAAAACCUCGAGGGUGGGAUUGGGUGGAUAUUGUUAAACAUUUAUCGCAAACUGGUAUGAAAACUGAGCAAGAAACCUAA